UUUUGAUUCUUUAUUUUCUACACAAUCGAUGGGUUAAGGUCUUGUUUCUAUCGUCUCAUGUCAUCAUCAUACCAUGUUCAAACCCGGCGAGUGUUUCGAAAGAAUGGCAUCUUGCCAACCAGUUAUCCGAGAAAAGAAGACGGUAUGAAAAGCAAAGAAAAAAGCCAGGGAUAUACACCUUUUUUGCACUGUAUUAUGGCUCACUCGUUCCCGUAUAAAUACAAACAAUAGUAGCAGAAAAUGACCAUAGCGAGUACAACUCGUUUAUUGGCGGAUUAUCACACAAGCAACUCUCGCUACUUGUCCUUGUGGCCCAAAACACGCUCCUAGUGCUUAUGAUGCGAUAUUCACGCGUGGUACCGCGUGGCGAUGAUCAACCAUUGUACAUUGCCUCAACUGCUGUUGUCAUGGCCGAGAUUAUCAAACUUAGCGUAUGCCUAAUCAUGCUUCGCCGCGAAUUAUACUCUUGGACUCGUUUACGGAGGGCAUUAGCCAAGGACAUUUGGCAUAAUCCAAGUGAAACGAUCCGACUCAUGAUCCCGUCUGCGCUAUACGCGAUCCAAAAUAACUUGCUCUACUUGGCGCUCAGCAAUCUCGAAGCUGCGACAUUUCAAAUCACAUACCAACUGAAAAUCUUGUCAACAGCCAUAUUUUCCCAAGUUGUGCUAAAUCGUCGACUGAGCCAAAACCAGUGGGUUGCAUUGGGAUUAUUGAUGGGUGGUGUUACACUGGUGCAAAUCACGACGCGAGAAGAAGAUAAAGCAGCAGUCAUGAUCGAUGCUAUCAAAGCAGACGGGGAACAGCAGGAACAAUAUCAGUACAGCAACAGCGACCAGAAUCAGCACCAGCAAAAUGCAAUGUUUGGGUUGAUUGCGGUGUUGGCAAGCUGCGUAUCAUCCGGUUUUGCAGGAUGCUAUUUUGAACGGAUGCUCAAGACGUCAAGUACUUCCAUGUGGAUGCGCAAUAUCCAGAUGGGCUUGUCAGCACUGGCGUUUUCUAUCGUUGCCAUGCUGAUGAACGACUAUCAUCUGAUUCGGCAAGGGGGUGGAUUGUUUCAAGGCUAUACCAUGAUAGCGUGGCUGGUUAUCGCUAACCAGGCAUUGGGAGGGUUGCUCGUGGCAACGGUUGUUAAGCAUGCAGACAAUAUCCUCAAAAACUUUGCCACAAGCGUGUCGAUCAUCUUGUCGAGCAUCAUUAGUUUCUAUUUUUUCGACUUCCGACCAUCCAUCAUGUUUGUACUCGGCGCCAUGCUGGUGACCGCAGCUACUUAUUUCUAUGGUAUUGCCGAUCGCCGCCAGUCACCGUCAUCUUCAACAACAACAGCAGCAACCAUAAAGCCACAUUAAGCAACCUGCAUUUUUCGUGUAUAUGAACUGAAUUACCUACAUCCCUAAAAGUACUACUACUACUACUACUACUACUACUACUACUACUACUA